GGUGUUGUGAUGACGUCAUAGGCGGGACUGUUUUGAAGGGACCGUUGCAUCAGCGUUCAGCACCUCCUGUUAUUUCACCGAUUUAAGGCAUGAAUCCCCUUACUACCACCUCCACAGGGACAGGUGUAUCUUGAGGCGCCAUGGAGAGAGAGGAGAUGGAGGAGGCAGGCCCGUCCCUCACUGCCGCCCAGCCUCAGCACAAGGGGAAGGACCAGCCUGUCGCCCCUAUGCAGGAGGAGGGCGGCAAGGCUGUGGUUGCUGCGGUGCCUGGCCUGCCGCACCACUCGCUUGAUAAUGACUCCGGCUACAGCUCCUACGUGCUCCCCCCCUCGGAGUCGUCCCUCCCUGGGUCGUCUCUGUCACACAGCAGCUCCUGCCCCAGCCUUACCCCGGUGGUGGGAAGGGUGACCACCAGGUUAACCAGCACCCCACACAACAACACCAGCCAGGAUGUGUUCCCGCCACCCUCGCCCAAGAUCGAAGCCAUCGCCUGCGUGGUGGUGGAGAGGCGGAGAAGCAGGCACAACUCCACCUCAGCCUCCCCCAUCACCACCACCUCCCUCCCGUCACGCUCACCCUUCCUCACGCCCACCACGGCCACCACACUUGAGAUGCAUGAGCUGGAGAUGACCUGCCAUGAGUCGUCCAGCAACGUAAUGCCACAGAGGACGAGAAACAGACCAGGGACAGCAGUACAGGAGGAAAAUAAAUUUGAGAAAGACACGAUUCACACAACACAGCCACGGGUGAAACUACGAGUGAAGGCCCAGCAAGAGACCCCCUCAAGGAGCAAGGCCAACUUAGGGGUCAGGAUGCCACCACCAGCGACGAAACGAGCGAUCAGCAGACUCAGACGGCCACAGUCGGCGUUCAUUCGGCUGUUGCGAGAGGCGGAUUACCUACUCUGUCGUGUCCUGCAGUACCUGAGCGGCGAGGACCUGCUGUGUCUUAGCCAGGUGAACCAACAGCUGCGGCAACUCAUCCUGAAGGACAAGACUCUCAGGGAGCGGAGGACGAUGUACUUGACGACGCGGAGAUCUGACCGGAACCGAGUGGGGAAGGAAAACUACAAGCUGAAGAGACUGAACACCGAGGGCAGCAGCUCCUCACACUCCACGCUGAGCCCCCGCAAGCAGCUGUCGGCCAUCCAGAACCUGGGUGGUAACAGCAGCCCCGUCAAGGCAUCCCGGCCCCCGCCCCCGCCCCUGGCCCAGCGCUUCAUGGAGGAGGGUGAAAAGCUAACCAAGGGCGAGGAGCUACAGAAGUGCGUCAAGUGUAAAUCCCCCGCCGUGGUGUCCCGCUCGCAGCUCCGGGCCAGGUGCUCCCUCAAGACCUGCGGCUAUGACUACUGCAUCAGCUGCCACCUGCCCGCCCACCGCCGCCCCCAGGACUGCCUCUCCCUCCGCCCCCGCACCCGCCAAGCCGCCGCCGGGAUAUUCUCAAACAGGUGUAAGAAGAACCUGCGGAGACUAUGAUAGUUGGUCUGGUCUUGGGUAGGGUGGCGAGGGGCAGGGAUGGGUGGAGGGGGGAACCGGGUAUUUGGUGUGUGUUACGGGGUGUUAUUUCUUAAUUGUGUAUGUGUGUUUGUGUGUGUCUGGGGGCCUUAGGAGUACAGACUAUGGCAGGGGGCAGAGGGGAGGGCAGGGUAUCUAGUGUGUGUUAUAGGGUGUUACUUCUUAAUGGUGUAUGUGUGUUUGUGUGUGUCUGGUAGUCUUAGGUGUACAGACUAUGGUGGUUUUUAUAUGCCUCCGUCAGUGGUCUGUGUGUAUGUGCGUGUGUGAGUGGGUGUUACUUCCCACAAACUCUCGCCUUCAGAUAUAGUUCAGUCACGUUCUUGGUGAAAUAGGAAACUCAAUUCAUCCUCGUCUCACAUAAACCAAUGAGAGAGAGAGAGUCAGAGGAAGGAUUAGCACUGCAUCGAGCAAGACAUAGGAGGAUCAGCACAAGUCCAACCCUAAGAAUGUGAGAAGUUGGAUUAUAAACGAAGAAAAAGAUUACGUCUCGCUUAUUAUUAAAGUAGAGUAUUGGUGCAUUUCCAUAAGCAGUGAGUUAGAAGAAGGCUUAGCACUGGAUUGAGCAAGACAUAGGAGGAUCAGCGCAAGUCCAACCCUAAGAAUGGGAGAUGGAUUAUAAACAAAGAAAAAGAUUACGUCUCGCUUAUUAGUAAAGUAUUGGUGCAUUUCCAUAAGCAGUGAGUUAGGAGAAGGCUUAGCACUGGAUUGGGCAAGACAUAGGAGGAUCAUCGCAAGUUCGACCCUAAGAAUGGGAGAUAGAUUAUAAACAAAGAAAAAGAUUACGUCUCGCUUAUUAGUAAAGUAUUGGUGCAUUUCCAUAAGCAGUGAGUUAGGAGAAGGCUUAGCGCUGGAUUGGGCAAGACAUAGGAGGAUCAUCGCAAGUUCGACCCUAAGAAUGUGAGAAGAUGGAUUAUAAACGAAGAAGAAGAUUACGUCUCGCUUAUUAGUAAAGUAUUGGUGCAUUUCCAUAAUCAGUGAGUUAGAUGAAGGCUUAGCACUGGAUUGAGCAAGACAUAGGAGGAUCAGCACAAGUCCGACCCUAAGAAUGUGAGAAGAUGGAUUAUAAACGAAGAAGAAGAUUACGUCUUGCUUAUUAGUUGAGUAUUGGUGCAUUUCCAUAAGCAGUGAGUUAGGAGAAGGCUUAGCGCUGGAUUGGGCAAGACAUAGGAGGAUCAUCGCAAGUUCAACCCUAAGAAUGUGAGAAGAUGGAUUAUAAACGAAGAAGAAGAUUACGUCUCGCUUAUUAGUUGAGUAUUGGUGCGUUUCCAUAAGCAGUCUAGGAUGGGUUCAUUUCGUGCGUUCCCUGAGUGGUCAAACGUCGUAAACGAGUAAGGGUGUAUCAAUAAGGCCUUUACAUAGUGGUUAAGUGCAUAGUUUUAUAUUGUGUGAAAGGGAAGGAGAUUGUAACUACUUGCCUUACCUUACUCUCACAUUUCCUUUUACCUUGUUUUAUCUCUGUUACUGAUGGGAUAAUGUUCUUGGCAGUGCAAAAACAAAACAAAAACAAAUAUUAGUAGUUUAGAGAAGUUGUAACAUUCCCUGCAGUUCCUUUCACCAGUUGUACAUUUCCUUCCCUUUGCUUUCUUGGUGAUGGGAUGAAAACUGUAGCCCUGAGAAGGUAAAAAAGUCUAUAGUGAAUGUCAUGUAUUACAAUUUAACCUUUCAUCUGUCAUCACUCUUUUGCUUCAUCUUGUUAUCAUUCUCCUUUUAUUAUUAUUGGUAUGCAAAUGUGUAGUGUUUUGCCAGAAUCGUGUCUUUGCUACCCUGUGUCGUGAUUCACAUUAUCAAAACCUGGAUGUGUAAAGUAUUGCAAGGCUAUUUAUCAUAUUAUGUCACUAUCAUAUGUUGUC